UCGAGUGUGCAGCAUGCACCAUUACUGAUAACUCCAUUAGAAAUGUUGCUCUUAUUUACUUUAUUUACAGUGACUUUCGCAAGACACGUCGACCUUCCAUCCAAAGCUUUACAAAAUCCUAAUCUCUUCCAAGGAGACAUUAUCGGAAUUGAAGACAAUGAUAUCAGAAAUGCCGUAUCGGAUCCAUCACUUCGCUGGAAGGAUGGGAUAGUACCUUAUACCAUAGGCCGAUCAUUAGAUAAUAUACGGCAUUUAAUUACAAUAGCAAUGAAACACAUAAAUAAGGCAACAGGAGGAUGCAUCACUUUCAAAGAAAGACAACAUGAACCAGAUUAUAUCUUAUUUACAAAAGGAAAUGGAUGUUCUUCUUAUGUUGGUCGAGCUGAAGGUGAACAACACAUAAAUCUCGGAAAGGGAUGUGAAUACGUAGGUGUUAUUUUGCAUGAAAUUCUUCACGCGCUUGGCUUCUAUCACGAACAUAAUCGACCUGAUAGAGACGAUCAUCUCAUUAUCUAUUGGGAUAACAUAGAUAAAGGAUAUCUUCGUGAUUUUACACUUCUUCAUCCGAGUGCAACUACUAUUUAUAACGAUUUUGAUCCCUACUCUAUCAUGAUUUAUGGAAAUUAUCUUGGGUCUAAGGAUGGUAAGUCGAAGACCAUGGAAGCUAAAUCUGGAGUGAAGUUGAGAAAUCCACAGAUGAAGAUUGGUUUAUCCCCCAGCGAUGUUUACAGAAUUAAAAAGUUGUACAAAUGUGAAUAAACCACAAACAUAAGAAACUGUAGCGUCAUAAUUUGUUACGAAAUAAAUAUAAUUCUUCAAAAUGUUUA